AUGGGUAAAAUCACCUCUACGAGUAAAGAGGUCUCUGUCGACACGAUCGAAAAGGGGCUUCUACCCGACGCGUCACCAUUGUCGUCUUCGUCGCCGGCAUCUCCAUCGUCGCCGCGGCUCGAGACCCCGGAUGAAGUGGCCAUGGCACACCCCGAGUGGCGCGCGGCGGAGAAGAGGCUGGUGCGGAAGCUGGAUAUGACGCUUAUGCCGGUGAUUUGGACGUUGUACAUGUUCAACUACCUCGAUAGGAAUAAUCUCGCGCAGGCCAAGUUGAACAAGUUCGAGGCGGAUCUCGGGCUCGUGGGGGAGCAGUUCAAUACCGCCGUAGCGAUAUUCAACGUCGGGUACAUGGUUGCCCAAUUACCGUCCAACAUGCUCAUCACCCGCGUGCGUCCGAGCAUAUACCUGCCGUGCUGCGUGCUCCUGUGGUCGUGUGUAUCGGCAUCGACGGCGGCAGCAAAGAACUUCUCGAGCCUCGUCGCUAUCAGAGUGAUUUUAGGCGUCGUCGAAGCCCCGUUCUUCCCAGGGAUCUUCUACGUCCUCUCCUGCUGGUACACCCAGAAAGAAAUCGCCUUCCGCACAGCAAUCCUCUACUCGGGCAUGCUCAUCGCGACGGCCUUUUCCGGCCUCAUCGCCGCCGCCGUCUUUGCGCACCUUGACGGCGCGCGUGGGCUCGCGGGCUGGCAGUGGCUCUUCAUCAUCGAGGGGGCCGGCAGCUUCGCGUCUGCGUUCGCGGCGCUGGCUUUCCUGCCGGAUUACGUCGGGUCCCGAACAGGCAUGUGCUCGUGGCUCAUGUCGGAGAGGGAGCUGCAGGUUGCGGCGCAGCGGAUGGACGCCGAUCGGGUUUCGGUGCCCGAGGAGAAGUCGAGUGUGUGGAGGGGGUUGGGGCUUGCUGUUAAGGAUGCGAGGACGUGGGCUUUUGUCUGCAUGAUGGCCUUCUACCUCUCCUCCCACGGCCUCAACAGCUUCUUCCCGACAAUCGUCCAAGGCUUCCGCCUAGGCUCCAACACAACGACCUUGAUGCUCACCGCGCCGCCCUACCUCCUCGCCGCCGUCGUCGCCCUCUGCGUAGCCGUCUCCUCGGACCGCCGCGCCGACAGGGGUCUCCACAUCGUCGGCCCCGUGUGCGUGGCCAUGCUCGGCUUCGUCAUCUCGGCGGCGACGACGAACCGGCCCGCACGGUACUUUGCCAGCUUCCUGUACCUCCCCGGCGCGUUCGCGUCGACGGGCCUGAUUUUUAGCUGGGCGGCGAGCGUGGCGAGCGAGACGCCUGAGAAGAGGGCUACGGCGACGUCGAUCGUGUGUUUGUUGGCGCAGGUGGGCAAUAUUUGGAGUCCGUAUUUUUUUCGGCCGGCGGAUAAUCCGAGGUAUUUGCUUGCUUUCUUGUUGAUGAUGGUGUUUUCGUUCAUGUGUAUCGGGACGGUGUUUUGGAUGAGGUGGUCGCUGGGGAGGGCGAAUCGGAGGAUGGUGGAGGGGGCUGAGGGGACGGGAAGGAGAGUGAGAUUAUAUAUACUUUAA